UAAUUAUUAGCUAAAAUGAACUCAAGAAAGAUUAUCAGGGCAAGUGAGACUAAACCCACCCAUAAUGACCAAGAAAUUAAAGAAAGAACAAACCAAUUCUGAACAGGUUUCCUUAAGUCAUUCUGACUCUGCUGUAAGCCAACUAAACAACUGAGCAAGCCAAACAGGAUUUCAGCACUUAAGAAAUCUGAUAACAGCCUGCAAGGAGAGUCUCUCCAAAGCUCCAAGACUAUGAAAGAGGACUUCAAACUGAGCCAUAACUUCCAAGAUUUCUCUGAAGACUCGCCUUCUUCACCAGAGGAAAUGAAUUUUAGCAAACUCUUCAGCGUAGUUAAAUAAAAGAAAGAAUUCUAUCAUCUACAAGAAAAUGAAAGCUAAUAAAAGAGCCGUUGCACCUAAAGAAAAAGAGUGCUUAGAAAGCAUCAUGGAAGUCGACAAGGAAAGCUCCAUUCCUUCUACAUUUAAAUCCAAAAUACUAGAGUCUAUGUUGUGAACGCCAGCAAAGUUUGACAAAUACUUCUCUGAGGUAGAUCUGAAACGAAAAAGAACAUUAAUGACAAGUAAAAGAAAUCUUGAAGACAUUAAAGAAUUUGAAAAGAUACUUAAGGAGAUUAAAGAUACUCCAACCUCAGAGGAGAAUGUUCUCAGUAGUAUUUCCUUAAAGAAGAGGAGUCCUUCUAUUAAUAAGGCAUCUCCAGUUAAAAAGUAGCUUAUUUUUCAUUUCUAAUAACUUGGGUCGGAUGCAUAUCCUUCAUGAUUUAAGAUAGAAGAAUUCUUAGUAAC